AGUUCAAGCAAGUGCAAAGAUGAAAGGGCGCGAGAUCAAGAACAAAUUUGUGUGUACGCACUGCAACAGAUCGGGUCAUGAUGAAGCAGGUUGCUUCCAGCUAAUCGGAUACCCAGAAUGGUGGGGGGAACGUCCCAGAAAUGAUGAAAAAGCAGUAGGGCGAGGAAGAGGCCAGAAUCGCGCUGGAGGUACUGCAUCUAACAGUGGACGUGCUCAAAGAGGACCGGUGCGUGCGCAUGCUGUCCAGAACAUGGGAUCUAGUGGUGGAGAUAUAGAGAACCCUAUCAUGACAGGAUUGAGCAAAGAGCAGUGGAAAACUCUAGUAGAAAUGUUGAACACCUCAAAAGUUACUUCAAAUGAGAGCAUGACCGGACCGCACUUCGAAGAUGCUGAUUGGAGCGGGUGAACGGAGGGAUGGACUCUACUUAUUCCGGGAGGUUCCGAAAGUAAAGGCUAACAAGGUUGAAG